AUGCAUCUUUUGGCAGCCUCUUCAUUCAUAGUAUCAGUCGUUCUAGCGGCGUCCGGAUGCAAGAAGCCAGCACCGUUCGAUGUUGGAAAACUAAGUGACAGUCAAAAAGUCCUGGGAAACCGACGAUACAGAGUCUUCCUCCCGAAGACGUACAACAGUGGAGAUGCAACGCCAGUAAUACUGUCUUACCAUGGAGCCAAUCGACAGUUGGAAGACCAGGUGGAUUUGGACGGCCUGACAACACCGUUCUUCAACAAGGAAUAUAUAGUCGUGUAUUUACAAGGCAAUGCCGACAACGAAGAGCGUCCUGAUCAUACUACUUGGGAAGGAGCCCCGGGGAACGAGUCGGACGACUUUGCGUUCACAACGGCGGUGCUCGACGCUCUGGACUCUUCCCUGUGCAUCGACACCAAGCGAAUCUAUGCAACCGGCAAAUCACAAGGUGGCGGUUUCGUGGGCCGGCUUGCAUGCCAUCCAACAUUGUCAAAACGCAUUGCCGCCUUUGCGCCAGUCAGUGGAGCAUACUACAUCAAAGAAAUUGGCAUCAAGUCGGAAUGUGAGCAGCCAUCCAAGGUCGCAAUUCCCUGUGAGGCGGGGAGAGGUGAUAUACCGAUUAUGGCCUUCCACGGAGGUGCCGAUCAGACCAUAAAAUACCACGGCGAGUUCCAGAACUACUGCUUACCGGACAUUCGACACUGGGCCCAGGAGUGGGUGAAGCGGGAUGGUCUCAAGGUUGGAGACGAGAACAACAAGACCAUCGACGGCAGCGACAAAGGGGUGGUGAGCUCGUGGGGCAACGGGCUGGUCACGCUGGUGUACGAUGGGGGAAAUAUCAAGCACGACUGGCCUAGCAUGCUUAGGAAUGAUGACAACAAGGGAGGGCCGAAGGCAGCGUUCAAUGCGACGAGUUGGAUUGUCGACUUCUUUGGGGCUCACAGACUACCUGCGGACAAAUGA